CCCCUAAAAGCACGCUAUUCACUGAAGGAAGCUAAAUAUUUUUACUUUCGGACUGUUUCUAUUGGUGAUGUUUCUGUGAUAUCUUUACAUGGACAUAAAGCAUAUGUGCUGCAGGAAACGAGUGCUUUACGUGUGGCGAGGAAACGAUCCCAUUGCCUUCCCUCCUGCCUGGUGUUCCCUUGGCCCCAUCCUCUCUUCCUGCCUCUGGUUCGACAAGCAUUUGAGAGAAUGAACGGGCACACUGAGGACCCAGAUUUGAUGGGUCUCCAGAUGAGCCAGGGAUCUUUCCAGCAGCUCUGGGAGACCAUAAUGACUCCACAGGGCCCUAAUAUAGCACCAACUGAGAGUGAAAACUGGGACGAUUUGGAUGCCACGCUCCUUCCAGAGUCCACCUUAGAUGACGGCUUUGAGAGGCUGUUUGAGCUGACGGACCAACCCGUCGCGGAGCCCUUUGUGACUCCCGCGGACAACGUGCCUCCUACGGCCUCCACUGUGCCGUCGACCGUCGACUACCCCGGGGAGCACGGCUUCCAGCUGCGCUUCCAGAAGUCCGGCACCGCCAAGUCUGUCACCUCCACCUUUUCGGCACAGCUGAACAAGCUGUACUGCCAGCUGGCUAAGACGUGCCCGGUGGAGGUGCUGAUGCUCAACGAGCCCCCGCCAGGAGCCAUCCUCCGAGCCACCGCCAUCUACAAGAAGUCUGAGCAUGUCUCCGAGGUGGUCCGUCGCUGUCCCCACCACCAGAGCGCCCCCGAAUACAACGAAGGUGUGAACCACCGCAGUCACCUGAUCCGGGUGGAGGGUAGCCAGCGCGUUCAGUACCUGGAGGAUGAGAACACCAAGCGCCAGAGUGUGGUGCUGCCCUACGAGCCUCCCCAGCUGGGCUCCGAGGUGACCACCGUUCUGCUGAACUUCAUGUGCAACUCCAGUUGCAUGGGGGGGAUGAACCGGCGGCCCAUCCUCACCAUCCUGACCCUGGAGACGGCGGAGGGUCAGGUUUUGGGGCGCCGUUGUUUUGAGGUCCGUGUCUGCGCCUGCCCUGGCCGUGACCGCAAGUCUGAGGAGGAGAAUGCAGCCAAAAGUCUGAACGGGACCAAGACAGCCAGCGGCACCAAGAGAAAGUCCACGCCCCUUCCAGGCACUAGCAAGAAGACAAAAAACGUUUCCAGCACCGAGGAUGAGGACAAGGACGGUGUGUUUCUGUUGCCGGUUCGUGGCAGAGAGCGCUACGAGUGGCUGAAGAAGAUCAAUGACAGCCUGGAGCUGAUGGACCAUGUUCCUCCUGCUGAUCAGGAGAAAUACAAGAAGAAAUGUUCUGCCAUAAGCAUCAGGAAGGGAGCGGUCAUUCCGAAGAGUGGGAAACGUCUGGUUACCAAGGAGGACAAGAGCGACUCCGACUAAAACCCGACAGCACAGCCCUGUAUCCUGACGUUAUCCCGACGUCUAUUCUGUAUCAACGUUGAAAUGACCAAUACCUGACCUAAAGGCGCUACACACAGGCACUUUUUGUCUGAAUGUGUAGGUACUGUGCUGUUCUGAUUUUCUCAGUGUUGCAUUUUUUCAUUUGAACGUUUUCAGAUCUUCAGAUAAACCCCAAGAUUUUAGAGGUCUUGAUUUUGCCUCCCUUUUUACUGUACUGUUGACUUGAAUAUCUUCAAAUGGCCCGUCAGCGUUCAGACCUAGAACCAGUUGGGAGGUGGCUGGAAAUGUAUGUACAGCACUUCAGUCAGUAUCCCACACCACUGAGCUGAAGGCGCCCCCCAUGGACGACUGGGCCAAAGGCCUCCAUAAAGUAACAUUAGGUUUUGGUCGAAGCUGGGUAAACAUUGGAUGGCAAGAACUUUCAAAAUUAGAGAAUCAGAAACGAGCCAUAUAUGGUUCUCUACACUGUAUUAUCUAAAUUGAAACAACUCCACCUCAGGUAUGGUGAAUUAACCCCCAUGUCUUCCUAUACCUGUCCAUUACUCCCUGCAAAACAUGCAGUGUUUAUGUGUGGAGCCAUCACUGUCAGGAGGGAGAUUAUCCGCUUCCCCUUUGCCCCGACACAGCACCUCAGGUUGUGUUUUUGCAAUUUUUUUUUAACCGAAGCUUUUUGUCAUAUAAUGGUCCUGCGAAGUCGUGAUGUUUUUUUGUUGAUUGUCCAGCCGCCUGUGUUCUGCCAGUUAGUCUUUGUGCUUGAGGUAACCACUGCCGUUAUGCCCCGUUCUGAAUCCUUGACUCCAACAUCACCGUCAAAGGCGUGUACAUUUUUAAGUAGUCGACUUCCAACGUCUUCCAACUUCACAGUAUUUUUGUUACUUUAGUUAUUUUAUGAUGUCUGUGUUUUAUUUCCAGUUUUGUAGCUACU